GUGUAUCCAGUGCCAGCGACCUAACCACAAAGGCUCAGGCAGAAAUGAGCCCGCAAUACCUUCGUUACGGCCACACACGAACAUACUGAUGUUCUUACUCGUUCACACAACACCCACUCUCAGCAAUCAUGGCCCUUGAGCCAGGCUCUGGUCGACGGUCUGUCUCCCCCGAGAGCUCAGGCCGCGAGUCUCCUCUUCCGCGCCAAUGGAGGAAUCAACUCGGCGCUGAAGAGGCGCCCAUCAAGGACAAGCACUACCGUAAAUACGCAUCCGGUAUCGAGCGAGCUCUUUCACUGUUCGAGACGGCAUUGCAGGAAUGGGCAGACUACAUCUCGUUCUUGAACCGCCUGCUAAAGGCACUUCAAGCUCGACACCCCUCUACCACGACCAUCCCUUCGAAAGCCGUCGUCGCAAAGCGCCUAUCGCAAUGUCUCAACCCCUCCCUGCCGUCAGGCGUCCACCAAAAAGCCCUCGAAGUCUACAGCUACAUAUUCGCAACGAUAGGCACCGAUGGUCUCUCCAAAGACCUACCACUAUACCUUCCCGGCCUGGCCUCGACCCUCUCGUUUGCGUCCCUUUCCGUCCGAUCUCCUUUCCUCGACCUACUCGAACACCAUUUCCUCGAUUUGGACCCUCGAUCGCUCCGACCGGCCAUGAAGUCCGUUGUGUUGGCUCUCUUGCCCGGACUCGAGGAUGAAACGAGCGAAGACUUCGAUCGAACAUUGCGGUUGAUGGACAGUUUCAAGGCUGCCAUUCGCCCCGCCAAUGGCCAAGAACAGGACGGCCCCCACUCAUCCGGAGACGGCUUCUUUUGGCAAUGUUUCUUCUUGGCCUCUAUCACGGGAUCGAGCCGCAGAGCUGGAGCUUUGGCCUACCUAGUGAGGAACUUGCCGAAGUUGGGCGAGCCAAUCGUUCCAGGAAAACCCGCCAAGAAUGGUGUCCAGGAAGACGAGCAAUCUACACAACUCGCGAAGAUGGUCACUUCGCCCGAACCUGGGUUGCUACUGCGCUCGUUUGCUGCUGGCCUUGCUGACGAGCAGCUCCUGAUCCAGCGAGGAUUUCUGGACCUCUUGGUCACGCAUCUUCCGCUGCACUCCAAGGUCCUGCAAACCAACGUCAAGCCAGGCGAUUUGGAACUACUUCUCCGUGCGGCUGUGGGUGUCGUCAUUCGGAGGGACAUGAGUCUCAACAGGAGGCUUUGGGCAUGGUUUCUUGGCCCGGAUCCCGCGCCAGGAGAAAGCGAGAGUGGCAUCGAGUCGCCGUCGUCAACAGAUCACCAGCAUUCGUAUUUUGCAUCCAAAACCAGCUACUUUGAGGACCACGGGCUGCAGCCUCUGACCCGGGCCCUCUUGAGCAUGAUCAAUGUCGAUCAGGGAUCGAGCCCCGGGGAGAGGGCGAGGCCUUACCGAAUUUGUUUGUCGUUGAUGGAUCGGUGGGAGAUUGGCGGCCUGGUUGUCCCCGAGGUGUUUCUCCCUAUUGUUAACAGCGUCCGGCAGUACAGAGACCAAGCGCCCAGAAAGGCCGACUUCAACGAGGUAUUCCGCAGUGCAAGUGUAUUCUUUGAUGGCGUCGAGAGUGGUCUGAUCUACGGCGAGAUCGUCAGUCUACUAGCACAAGCUAUAGGGCCAGGGACCAUGUCGGACAAGGAGCGUCUCGACAAGCUCGACUUGGUCAAUUUCAUUUUGGCGAAUUUCAACGUUCGCGAAGAAGAAAUGGUUACGAUUCAUGCACCGCUUACCGCCCUUUCCAUCCUUUGCAUGCUCGAGGAUACGAGAGAGAAGCAGCAGCGGCAACAAGCAGGCUCCUCUCGGAAGGGCUCACCGAAAGCUGCUGAGGAGGCAUUGCACAUUUCGCUGACCAUCCUGGACCUCAUCCCGGAUCGGGCUUUUCCUUCAUCUAGUGCGAACAAGCCCAAGAGGACAAUGGAGUCUGGUGUCUUGGCGUCGUUGCCUGCAGUCGAACUUCUGAAGCGGAUCAAGGCAUUCUACGUCGAUGAGCAAGGCAAUCUCGAUGCGGUUCAUGUCCCUCUUUCUCCCAUUGAGGUUGGUGAGCUUCUGUUACAGAAGUCUGGCCAGCUGGUCUGCGAAGGACUGAAGAAUCCCGAGUCGGGGUCAGACUUGGGAGCUAAAGGGAGGAUUCUGACCACCCUGCUACUCAAAGUGCCGACUACCUACCAGCUUGACACGACAUACCUGUUAUCGUGUCUCCAUGAGCGUUUGGGGCACUCUGACGGACUGUCGUUUGUCUCUUACAACUCCAUUCUCUACCUCUCCUCACACCUCUACUCUGCAGAACGGAUAGAGCUGGUGGACCUGACCGAACUUGUCACUCCUCUUGUCCGACAGGCCUGGGAAUUCUUGUCGGCUUCAGAGCCAAAACACCACGUCGAAACGGUCAGAUCACUAUGGCAGCUCCAGACUGCGCUUACCUCGCAAAACCGUGACAUAGAGGCUGCGCUUGCCAGCUUAAUCAUCGAGGGUGAUGUCCAGGGGUCCUUUGCGUCGCGCCCAGCAGAUGCCGGGCGCCGCUUCAGCGUGUUGUGGUCCCACACAUUGCAGGACUCUAGCGCCGAAAGACGCGGUUCUAGGACGCCCAUGGUUGAAAAGCCUCCGCAGAUUCGGAUGUCUGGCUCGGAAAAUUACGAAGUCAUGUUGACACGGCCUCUCUUCCUCAUGCUGGAUGCUCUCUUGGACGAGCGGACCCAGUUGUUCAUGACUGUUAAGGGGUGGUUGAACAGCUUGGUAGGCAUCGACAAGUUAUUCCUGCUCUUCGUACGGAAGUUUUCUUCUAUGGAGUUUCUGAGAUCAAGUCGCGACAUUGGCUCAGCCGCUGCUUCAGCUAAUUCAACUACAUUCACGGCGGAUGAUGACCUAGACCUCUGCCUCUACUACCUCAGAACAUUGUCCAAUGUUCUGCGUUGGGCCCCUGAUGUUAUAUGGGCCGUGUUGGCUUCGACCAGUCUGACAGUCGACAACGACCACCCAGAGAUCGCGCAAAUGACUGGUAGCGAGGGCGACAUCUCAAUGCAAGAGGUCUUCAUUCACGUUUGUUUACGGUGCAUUGCCGGAAACAACGAGCCUGCGGAAGAGAGCAUCCGGAUUCGAGCCACUCAACUUCAUCGCUAUGCCUUGACUGUCAUGCACCAGAUACUCCUGAACCCUUACGCCGAGCCCCUUGCAAGUCUACACUUGGACGACGUUCUCAUUGAGCGUCUUCUCCAGUCUCUACGUGGGCCUGAUCCUUACGUCCAAGUCCUCCUCUUAGACGUCGUGUUCGAUGCCUUGAAACUUAGAGACAUCAUCAUCUCAGACGUUCCUGCUUCUCCGUCGUCAGAGAAGAGGAAGAUGAGCCUUGAUCCCACCAAGACACUUAGAGUGUCGACACAGUUGGAGACGAAACCGACUGCACCACCGCCCAACCUGCUCAAGUGCCUCCAGGCUGGUCUGAGCUCACCCAGCAGUCGCAGCGUUCUUGACAGUUGGGUAAGCUUCUUAACAGAGUGCUUGCCAUUCUAUUCGGAUACCAUAUUUCAGGUUCUUAUUCCUCUCGUGGAAACGCUGUGCCGGCAGGUUUCCAACACCUUCAACGACUUGCAGUCCAUUUUCAGAGACAGCGGCAGUCCUAGGAAGGAUGCCUGGAAUGCGCCUGAGUCGACGCUCAUCUCUCUUCUCAAUGCUCUGGAGCAAGUCUUGGCUCGGGCACACGAGCGACUUCUGGCUGAAGAGGCCAGAACGCAAGUUGUCAAGGGCCCAGAUCAACACCCAGGGUUCUUCGGAAAUAUGGUGUCUGGUGUCUUCAACUCGGACGCUCCGCAAACACGCAGUGCCACUGCAAACGACAGGCUUACGGUGCACCUUGCAUUCGCGGAUGCUGUUCGCAUUUGUUUUACUAUCUGGUCCUGGGGCCAAGGCAGCGAUGCAAACGCUCAAGACAUGACUUCCAUCUCCUCUUUCAACUACACAUCACUUCGGAUGAGAAACCGGGCUCGGCGACUAUUGGAGCACCUCUUCGCAGCCGAGACUUUGGAGUGCCUCGAAACGGUCAUUGACAUCUGGCGGAGCUCUAUCAACAUCACCACGCCGGCUCCCCAGUCCGAAGUGUUCAACCUUCUCCCGGCAUUGGAUGGUUCUCGGCCUAAACACACCAUACCUGCCAUCUUCAAUGCCAUCUACAGCAGGACAAACCCUGGGGCAUUGGACGCUUCAAGAAAAUCGACUCUGACGACAUCACUUCAAGACAUUGACCUUGUCACGUUUCUGGUUGAGUAUGCUCGCACACUUGAGGACGAUGCGAUGGACGAGAUAUGGCUUGACUGCAUGGCAUUCUUGCGCGACCUGCUCACGAACCCUUUUCCACACCGACAAACACUACCAAGUCUGUUGGAAUUCGCCGCUAUUCUUGGAGAAAAGGUGGACAACACCAACUUCGGCGAACAGCGUAAGAUGAGGCGCGAGCUUGGAGAUCUCUUCCUCCGACUUCUGACCGCUAUCUUUACUACCAAGCCUAUGACAUAUGCAGAUGCGCCGUCUUACGAAAAGUCAGAGAAGAACCGUGAUGGCAUUCGCCGGGCCACGACGAUUUCUUUGGCUAGCGUCCUUGAUAGAGCUGAGGAUGUAGUGGCUAUCCUAGCGUCGAUAGUUCCGAACCUUCCAAAGAUCUUGGUCGAAACAGAUCGUGUGUUGUCUGCCGCAGGCACGAUAUCGACAAACGUCAUCAGCCCGGCGUUCAGAGCCAAGGCGUUCCCGGACACUGUGUCCAAGAACACACUUGUGCUCCUCCAGGAACUUUCCAGGCUGCCUAACAAUCAAAAGACCUGGAAGAAGGAUGUCGGAGAUGCUUUCAACGAUGCUAGGUUCUUUAGCUCGAGCAUCGAGUUGGUGCGAAGCGACUGGUUACCGCUGCUGAGACAGUGGACUGUCAGCGACAAGGAGCGCAUGCCUGAACUCCUGAGCCGUAUGACCCCACCCACAACAGCUGGUAUUGUGUUUGGUGUUGGCGCUACCUCGGCUCGUCUAGAAGCGGACCGAAAGACGCAGCUAAACCUUCGUCGCACUGCCACACUGGUCCUCGCCUCAAGCGAAGAUGCCUUCGUUGCAGAACUCCCGACCAUCUUGGACAAGGUAGUGGAGCUUCUUGGGGCCACGGCAACUUCCUCGCCUUCGUCCACUAUGCGGGCAGAGAUCUACAUGGUCGUCCGCGCACUGGUACUCAAGACCAGUGCGGUUCACCUGGCUAUGAUGUGGCCAGUCAUCAACGCCGAGCUCCACGCGGCCAUCUCAUCUGUGGUUGCCCCUGAUCACAGCACCGCUUCUGACACCUACAACAAUACGUCCAUCUUGCAAGCCUGCAAGCUGCUGGACUUGCUCAUCUGCGUGGCGCCGGACGAUUUUCAGCUUCACGAGUGGCUCUUUGUCACGGACACUAUCGAGGCCGUCUACCGGUCCACCAGCUACCAGCCCGUUGCUUUGGUCGACGAGCUUGCGGAGGAGCUUGGCACUAUGGGCGUCAGCUCGUCAUUGGGAAGCAUUUCGGCCGCACACCUAGCCACGAGCAGCUCGCAUAGACGGCCACUGCUCGGGGCCGGCGGCAUCAACGAUGAAGUCAGUAUUGACAGGAAAGACGAGUUGGUGGGCAAGAUUCUGCGGCCGUUCUUCGGGCAGCUCAGCAUCUUCGCCUUCGAGUCGACGUACGCGAUGGCGCCGCUCGACCGGGAGUUUUGCAUUCUGGGGCUGUUGAAGGAUUUGUUCGACGAACGUAGCGUGGUCAAGGCGUUGUAAAAACAAAGUCUCGUGUUACAAUCAGUGCUUCGUGGGAAUAGAGAUCAUCGGCCGGAAUAAACUUGUUUUC